AUGGCCAUGGACGGAAAAAAUGGCAUCCACACAGUGUUGGUGCCAAACGGACACCCACAGACGUCUAAAGAUAAUGAGGGACGGGGUAAUUGGAGAAACAAAUCCGAGUUUUUCCUGACUGUGAUGGGUGCGAUCAUCGGCCCUGGCAAUGUAUGGAGGUUUCCCUACCUAUGCUACAGAAACGGCGGAGGCGUGUUCUUCAUCCCAUACUUCUUGUUCAUGUUUACAUGCGGAAUCCCGUUAUUCUUCCUUGAGACUGCUUUAGGACAAUACACUAGCCAGGGGAGUAUAACGUGCUGGAGAAAGAUUUGUCCGCUUUUCCAAGGCAUGGGCUAUGCCAGUCACUUAAUCAUUUUAUUUAGUGCAACCUCUUAUAUUGUCAUCAUUGCAUGGGCGUUCUUUUACCUGUUCUCAUCAUUCAGUGCGGAUUUGCCUUGGGCCACAUGUGGACACGAGUGGAACACAGAGUCUUGUCUGGAUCCCUCCCAUCCCAAUGUGAGUCUCAGCAUGGCAUCAAGACUGAAUACCACUCUUCCUGUUAUGGAGUUCUGGCAGCACCGGGUUUUGAAAAUCUCCAGUGGUAUUGAGGACGUCGGUAGCUUGAGGUGGGAACUGGUCUUUUGUCUCAUCCUGACAUGGGUCCUCUGCUACUUUUGCGUUUGGAAAGGAAUCAAGUCAACAGGAAAGGCGGCUUUCUUUACAGCUACCUUCCCCUUCAUUAUGCUGUUUGUUCUGCUCAUCCGUGGUGUCACCCUCCCGGGGGCGAUGGACGGGAUCAUUUACUACCUCUACCCUGACAUCUCCCGCCUCUCAGAUCCCCAGGUGUGGAUGGAUGCUGGAACUCAGAUAUUCUUCUCCUAUGCCAUCGGCCUUGGAUUCCUAACUUCUCUUGGGAGUUACAACACCUUCAAUAACGACUGUUACAAGGACUGUUUUUACUUGUGUCUACUGAACAGUGCCACCAGCAUUGUGUCAGGCUUCGCCAUUUUCUCUGUUUUGGGUUUCAUGACCAACGAGCAAGGAGUGGAUAUUUCUGAAGUAGCUCAAUCAGGUCCAGGGUUGGCAUUCAUUGUCUAUCCACGUGCUGUAGCCAUGAUGCCCAUGCCUCAGGUGUGGUCGGUGUGUUUCUUCCUCAUGAUCAUUCUGCUCGGAUUGGACAGUCAGUUUGUUGGUCUGGAGUGUCUGAUGACGUCACUGACGGAUUUGUUCCCUGCCCUGCGCCGAGGCUACAGACGUGAGCUGGUUCUGUUGGCUAUCUGCAGUACCUGCUGCAUAAUGGGACUCUCCCUAGUCACUGAGGGAGGCAUGUACCUGCUCCAGCUGUUGGACCAUCAUGUCUGCAGCGGCACUACCCUGCUGCUCCUCUCCUUCUGCCAGUCUGUCAGUAUUGCCUGGGUCUAUGGUGCAGACCGUUUUUAUGGCAACAUCACAGACAUGAUAGGGUAUCGUCCAUUCCCAUUGAUGAAGUACUGCUGGCGCUACAUCACUCCCUUAUUUUGUUUUGGCACCUUCAUCUUCUCUAUCGUGAAAUACACACCGCUGAGGUUCAAUAACACUUAUGUUUAUCCAUUCUGGGCUAACAUCUUGGGAUGGGUCAUUGCCAGCGUGUCCCUCUCCCUCAUCCCACUCUUUAUGUUAUACAAAAUGAUGCAUGAAAAAGGCCCUCUUCGACAGCGAUUCUUAAAUCUCUGCAAGCCUAUGGAUCUCACCUUGGACCAAAUAAGUCUUCCGAUGCUUGGAACCACUACCAGCGUGGAGCUGAAGCCCUUAUUCCCAAAUGGGGAACUUACUAAGUGA